AUGGUGACCACUCGCAGUGGUAUUGGCCCGCGAGACUCUCAUGAAGAUCCUCUAAAUCUCCAUGAUACGAACCCUCCUGUCAUUCCAGCUGAUUCAGUAUCGAUGGAUCGCCCUGCUUUCCCUAACCCAAGUUCUCGCUCAUCCAGAGAUGAAAGUCGGGAUCCCUAUCAUUUAGGUCAUGGCGAUCAUCCUAGUGCAAAUUUAGUUCCCAAAAUUCUUACCGGUGGGGAGAAUUACACUUCCUGGAGGCGUUCAAUGAUGGUGGCCCUCCUUGCUCGAAACAAAGUUCAUUUCAUCACAGGUAAACUUCCUCAACCAGCUCCAACUCAUGAAGAUUAUGAUUCUUGGUGCCGAUGUAAUAGCACUGUUAUCUCCUGGAUUUUACAUGCCGUGUCUAGUGAGAUUGCUGAUAGUGUGAUGUAUCUUGAUGAUGCAUCUCUGAUUUGGUCUGACCUCUAUGAGCGUUUUCAUCAAAAUAAUGGUCCGCGAGUUUUCGAGGUAAAGCGAUCUCUGCAGGUUCUUCAUCAAGGGAGUCACAGCAUUCAGACGUAUUUUACUCGCCUCAAAGCUCUUUGGGACUUGGUUAAUGAGUACCGUCCACAACCUCUUUGUACAUGUGGUGCAAUGAAGACCUAG